UACUUCCACCCUUUUCUCUUCUUCUUUCUUUAAACUUCAUUAUGUUGUAGCUGUCUUCUAUUAUAUCAACUUAAUCUUGUACUUUCACUUUCAAAUGAGGAAACCUGUUUCAAGAGUUUCCUUGUUUAUUUUUCUGUUGUCCUUGCUGCUAUUUUCUUCUGAUUUUCACAACCCAUUUUCUGGAAUUGAAAGAAAUGCCAAAUCCACCCUUCAUUUGUUUAUUUUCAACUCAGAUUUGCAUAUCAAUCACUUGUUUCAUCAUUUAUGUGCACACUUUUUCAGUUAGCAUAUAUGCAAGUGCUGCAAGAUCAAAUUUGGAGAGUGUAAAUAUGAGGAAGGAUUAUUACAUUGAGGGGCCAUUAGUGGAGGAGUUCACAUUUUCUGAAAAUUCUGCUCCCUUCAAUAGCUGUCAUGCCUCUACCAUUGUUGAGGUUGAGAAAGGCCAUUUUUUGGUUGCCUAUUUUGGGGGCACAUCAGAGGGAGCACCUGAUGUUAAAAUUUGGUUGCAGACAUUCAGGGAUGGCUAUUGGGAUUCACCAGUCAUCAUUGAUGAAGAACCUAAUGUUCCAAUGUGGAACCCUGUGCUGUUCAAGCUUUCUUCAAAUGAAUUAUUGAUAUUUUAUAAAAUUGGCCAAGAGGUUCAAAAAUGGAGUGGAUGCAUGAAGCAUUCAUAUGACAACGGUGUGACUUGGUCAGAAAGAGAACAACUUCCUCCUGGUAUAUUAGGGCCAUCGAAGAACAAGCCCAUUUUGCUAGAAAACGGACACUUGCUCUGUGGAUCCUCUGUUGAAAGUUGGAACUCCUGGGGUUCAUGGAUGGAGGUUACAACAGAUUCAGGUAAGUCAUGGAGGAAGUAUGGUCCUAUUUACAUUCAAAAUGAAACUCUCAGUGUGAUUCAACCGGUCCCCUUCCAGACUGCCAAAGGAAACCUGCGUGUUUUAAUGCGUUCUUUUGAAGGCAUUGAUCGAGUUUGCAUAUCAGAAUCUGAUGAUGGUGGCCAGACCUGGAGCUAUGCAACACCUACAGAACUUCCAAACCCCAAUUCAGGCAUCGAUGGGGUUAAGCUUAGUGAUGGACGUUUAUUACUUGCAUACAAUACACUCUCCAGGGGUGUGCUUAAAGUUGCCCUUUCAAGUGAUGAUGGUGAUUCAUGGCAUCAGGCUAUGACAUUGGAGGAUAAUUUGGCAAUGGAAUUCUCGUAUCCUGCUGUCAUACAGGCUAGUGAUGGAAAUGUUCACAUCACUUAUACAUAUAAUAGAACGCAGAUUAAGCAUGUUGUCCUUCAACCAAAUUGAUGCAGUGAUACAUUAUUAAGUAGAAGGUACGGAAACUGGGAAAAUGUUCAAUAAGGCCAGAAACCAGGUUCGAAUGAGAAACUUUCUGUGUUAGUCAUGCCCCAAUAAUAUCAGCCGAAGCAGCAAAUGCAUAUCAGUGACAAAAGAGAGUGAAAUGAAAGGCGGAAGCUAAUUGCUGCGCCGUUGAAGACGCAAUCUUCACUCAGUCUUGGUGGAUUAAGGGAGAAAGGAAACUUCCUUUCUUUGAUGAUUCCUGUUUGAUUUUUGGCCUGCUGUAAUGGUUUGUUGUAUAUUAUACUAAGCAUACUUCGUGUUAGAGAUUUUUGAUGAUAAAAAAACAUACCCAGACUACUUUUUUU